AUGUGUGGUAGAGCUGCACAAACAUUCAGGGCCGCCAAGGAGGCGGGACUUCAUUUGGGAGCAUUGCUAGAUUCACUUGAUAACGCUGAGAAUGGAAAUGCAGAUUCAGAUGAGAACUUAGCAGGCCCUGUUGGUCCCAGCAACUACAACAUGUGCCCUGGGAUGAGUGCUCUGGUCAUGUGGAAAGAUGGUGACAAUAUAUCAAUCGAUCAAAUGGCAUGGGGACUAAUCACCAAAGCGGGAACUGAAAAGAAACCAUUGCCUGUCGGGAAGCAACGAAUGUCACUCCAUUUUCAAAACCUCAUGUUCAACGCACGGAGCGAUACCCUCUUUUCGAAGCCUUCUUUCACCAAGUUAACAUCUCAAAAACGAGCUUGUAUAGUUGCUUUAGAUGGGUACUUUGAAUGGAAGAACUCGCCAUUGGGAAGUGGAAAAGGAAAUAAACAACCAUACUAUGUCUACCGAACCAAAUCUGGUACUGGAGAAGUGCCACCGUUGCUAAUUGCUGGGCUCUGGACUCAAGUGUCCACUGGUAUUCCAGAAGAACCAGAGUUAAAUUCUUUUACAAUGCUGACCACUGAGCCGUGUGAGCAAAUCAAGUGGCUACAUGAUAGAAUGCCACUUUGUUUAUGGGACAAGAAGUCUUGUAUGGAUUGGCUCGAAAACCCUUCUCCGAGUGUUCUGAAGUCUAUAGAUGCAUUGGCAGCCAAAACCGAGAAAUUCGACUGGCACAUGGUUUCCACGGAAAUGAGCAAUCUUAAAUUCCGAGGCGAGAAAGCAAUUCAAGCAAUCAAGCCUCCCCCUAGCGUACUUUCUUUCUUUUCGAACAAGUCAAAAACCAAACCGGUCUCAACCAGUCCGGCCAGGGACAAAGCAAAGGAUGGGAGCAAAAUAAGUUACCAGGUGGGAAGCAGCAUGGCCGCGCCGUCUCCAAAGCAGUCUCGUUCGCCCAAGAAAGCUUCCUUUCCCCCGAAAGCUUGCUCACAGAAGCAAAAUGACCGGCCGCGGACGAAACAGACAAAUGAACCACCAGCAAAACGUAGCAAGAUUACCAGCUUUUUCCAAACAAAAGAAUGA